CGAGGGGCGCGCGCGGGGGCACGCCGCGGCAGUCAGAGCGACGACGCCGCCCGUAACGGCCGCGAAAACGGCGCGGCUGGUGACAAUUUCGAAAAUCGAUGUGCGAUCCGUUUUCGCAGUCUUAACAUCAACAACUACGAAAAAACCCGGCUGUGACGCUUUUGUGCUCCGUAUCUCUCUCGUGCCGCACGCCGCGUCGUGGAACUCGUGGACGACUCGUAUUGUAGGGAUUUAGUUCGCUCGCAGUCCUAGACUAAGGCCGCGAAUCGGUCGUGUGUAUCGUGUCGGUGCGACUUGGAUGUUGUCGAUCAGCUUUUGUAUGUUAUCGUGUUAGUCUUGUCGCGUUUAUCGGCGAAGUGCAGUGUCACUAGUGAUGUGAGGAUGCUAGUGCGUUGCCAUGUCGAGCGUGGCGAAGAAAGAUAAACCAACGAUGUCGGUGACGGCGCUGAUAAACUGGGCGCGCCCGCCGCCGCCAGGCCCGCAGCAGCCGCCACCCGCGGCACCAGCACCCGCACCUUCCAUGCUGCAGCCGCUCGCCAUGCCCUCCAUACCAAGCAUCGACUGCUCUCUGGAUAUGCAAUGGUUGAACCUGGAGGGGAGUUUCAUGUCGCCGAUGUCCCCCCCGGAGAUGAAGCCAGACACGGCGAUGCUGGACGUGCUCCGAGACGACGCGACCUCCCCGCCUUCCUUCAAGAACUACCCCCCUAAUCACCCACUGAGCGGCUCCAAGCAUUUGUGCUCGAUAUGUGGCGAUAGGGCGUCGGGGAAACACUAUGGAGUUUACAGUUGCGAAGGUUGCAAGGGUUUCUUCAAGAGGACGGUGCGGAAAGACUUGACGUAUGCAUGUCGAGAAGAGCGGAACUGCAUCAUAGACAAACGACAAAGAAAUCGGUGUCAAUACUGCCGGUACCAGAAAUGUCUCGCUUGCGGCAUGAAACGGGAGGCUGUUCAGGAGGAGAGACAGCGAGCUGCCAGGGGCACUGAAGACCCACUCCCCAGCAGUUCAGUUCAGGAACUGUCGAUCGAACGGUUGCUGGAGAUGGAGUCACUAGUGGCUGACACCAGCGAGGAGUGCCAGUUUCUGCGAGUGGGCCCCGAAAGCAACGUGCCACCCAAGUUCCGCGCCCCAGUCUCCAGCCUCUGUCAAAUAGGUAACAAACAAAUAGCGGCGUUGGUGGUGUGGGCGCGUGACAUUCCGCACUUCAGUCAGCUCGAGAUGGAUGAUCAGGUACUGCUCAUCAAGGGCGCGUGGAACGAACUGCUUCUGUUCGCCAUCGCGUGGCGCUCUAUGGAGUUUCUGAAUGACGAACGCGAAAAUAUGGAUGGUUCGCGAACUACAUCGCCGCCCCAGCUCAUGUGUCUAAUGCCAGGCAUGACACUACACCGCAACUCCGCCCUUCAAGCGGGUGUAGGACAAAUAUUCGACCGCGUGUUAUCAGAACUGUCGCUCAAGAUGCGCCAUCUACGUAUGGACCAGGCCGAAUACGUCGCGCUCAAGGCUAUUAUCCUGCUCAACCCAGAUAUAAAGGGUCUCGGCAAUCGCCAAGAAGUUGAAGUCCUGCGGGAAAAGAUGUACUCGUGCUUGGACGAGUACUGUCGCCGCGUACGCGUUUCGGAAGAAGGCAGAUUCGCGUCACUCCUACUACGUCUCCCCGCGCUGCGUUCAAUCUCUCUCAAGAGCUUCGAGCACCUGUUCUUCUUCCACCUGGUGGCGGACUCCAGCAUCGCCGGCUACAUCCGUGACCUGCUGCGACACCACGCGCCGCCUAUCGACGCGUCUGCUCUAAUGUAAGCCCCUCCCUUUCCAUCUCAUUUCAUAUGCCAGUAUCAAAAGGCAGAUUCGCAUCGAUCUCUUUUUCCCUUCGUCUUUAUAUGCGAAGGUGAAAUAAAGGCAAAUUGGAGUCGAUCUUACUACGGGACACCACGCGCUGCUUACCGACGCGUCUGCUCUAAUGUAAGCCGCUCCCUUUCCCUCUCAUUUCAUAUGCCAGUAUCAGAAGGAAGAUUCGCAUCGAUCUCUCUUUCCCUUCUACUUUAUAUGCGAAGGUCAAAGAAAGGCAGAUUGGAGUCGAUCUUACUACGGGAUACCACGCGCUGCCUAUCGACGCGUCUGCUCUAAUGUAAGUCCCUCUCUAUCCCUCCUACUUUAUAUGGGAGAUCCAGAGAAAGGUAGAUUCGCGUUAUUGCUGAUCUGCUUUGAUAUAAGCUCCUCCUUUUCCCUUCUACUUUAUAUGCGAGAUUACCUCUUAGUUCCACUUCACUUAGAAACCAGAUUCGCGUCACUCUUGCUAUAUCUGCCCGAGUUGAUGCCGCUAUAUCUGCAACUCGGCGUCUGCUCUAAUGUAAGACCCUCCCUUUCCCUCCCAUUUUAUAUGCCAGUAUCACAGGGCAGAUUCUCGUCGAUCUUGCUACGGGAUACCAUCCGCGUCUGCACUAAUCUAAGCAGGGGCUUACGUUUGUAGUGAGAGUGGUAGUUGGAGCUUGAAGGGCCCUCCCAUUCAUCCCCAACUACCACUCUCACUUCCAGUUCCGAAGGUGUCCUUGGAUGACCAUGAUCAUGCAGUAUGACAUAAUAAUUGGGAGAAUGUCAGUCGAUUUUAUAACUAAAACACCUCGUUAAAUAGAGCCGUUCCUUUGGUUGGUGUUCUGUUUUAGGAUUUAAUCUUUUACGUUGCCUAUUAUGGAUAACUAGGCAUUCCUUUCCCCCCUUUUUACUCCUCACCUCUCCUUUCAAUUCCUACCUCAUUACUUUACUGCUUGAGCCGUUACUGUAGUUUGACUUCAUCACUGUAUUUAACAUCGCUUAUGAAAGCCAUAUGCUUUAAAUGUACUCGAAAGCUGAAGGAUUUUGGUUCUUCAAAGCCACAGCUUUCUAAGCGGCAUGAAAUACUGGAAUGUUACGAUAUCAGUGGAGAUAGGUUGUCCCCCUGUACAAUCCAUACGAUGCAGUCGCAAGUCAAGAAGAAGCCGUUUAUACAAAUUAUUUAGUAACUUCUGUAUUUUAAUGAAAAUACGCGAUUCAUUGCAAGUUAUUGAUACCUGCAAUCAAACAAUUAAAUGUUGUUUGAAGUAUGCUUACUUAUAAAGGUAGCUGAUGAUCAUAAAAAAAUCUGUUAGGAUAAGGGGAACUAGUUUCCGAUUAUAUAGAGAGAAAGUAAGUAUUAAAGCGUCAGUUGUUACGACAAAGAUCACAGUAAUACAAGAAACUUGGUUAUAGCAUGCUAACUUACUAAAAUUAUGUAGGUUAUAUGACAUAAUUCCAUAAUAAUAAUUAUGCGCCUGCGCAAAAUUACCUGUUGACUUUAAGUCUGAAUGAAAUUAAAAUUUAUAUUAUUUUAUAUGAAAAAAAAAACCAGAUUAAAAAAGGAAAAUAUUUUUAGUAAGAUCUGAUAGUUUCGUAAUCAUGUGAAAACUUUGCAGAUCUUGGAAAUCAUGUGUAGUAGAGUCGCGUGCGACAAAUUGAACUCGAAGCAUCUUGUUCGCAUUAAUUUUUUGUUUUUCUAUCAUGCGUCUUUUGCGUGUUUGAGAGCGUUUAUCGCACUUUGUACGAAAGUCUUGUUGUUGUGCCGACGCAGAUGACACUGCAUGCCCUUUUGACACGUUCUUCAACAAUCGUUUUGAAGGAGAUUGCAUGUCACCGACUACAUAAAUGAUAUUGUAAAAUUCCAUAUUCUAAAAACAUUUUGUGUGGUGACAGCCAUAUUAAGCUAACAAUAUAUAUAUACAUCGGUUAAGACAAACAAUGGAAGUAUAUCUGAAUAAGACUCCCUAGAAGAAUUUUAAGCCUCAAAUGUGACUGAUAUCACGAAAAGGACAAUACCGAAGCGUAUAUAGAAGCACGUACUUGAUGUAUGUAGAAAUUUCUUUAUCAUACGCGGCGCGUGUCCGCGUCCGGGUAACGUAGGACUCCAGGGCGUUAGGUAAUGUAAAUGGGGCCGCCUCUAAUAUUACGUAGUCUUAAUGUAAUUAGACGUUCAUUUAUUAGAAAAUUCUAUUCGUCGGUAGGUAUCUUUAGUGAAUUAUUAUAGUUGUAAUGUUAGACUAUACGCGUAACUAAACAAUUACCAAAACUAUUUAAAGCACUAAUGCAGACAGUUACAGUUAAGAAAUGUUCGCACCGUUCAAAAAUGUUCUCCAAAUUUAUAAAACGACAUAAUAUUCGAUUGCUACCUAACAUGGUCGCAUGUAAAAUGCUUAAAAAAUGUUGGUGCUUUUAUAUACAUUAAAUAACUAUGCAAAUGCAUAUCAAAUAUGCAUAAUAAUCUUGAUCAUUGUUAUUUGUGAAUAUCGUUUAUUUUCUCUAUGAUUAUUAUUAAUAAGUUCGUUCGUUUAUAGCAUCUUGUAAAUAUAUCUUUAUACAUGUAAAAUACAGUUCUCGUAUGCAUAAAUUAUACAUAGCUAUAUUGAGCCUCACCAGUAACAGGUGGUGGGUUAGGAAGUUUAGAGAUGGCCUAUGCAGUUGGUUCGUACUUGUAGCACCUUUGGGCCAGUUUAUUUUUAUACCUCAAGAAUUAUUUCAGAAUGGUUCACUAACAAAAAAUAUUACUACUACUAAUACUGGUUAGUAUUAAUGACAAAUGUUAAAAGAAAGUGAAUUCAAAGCUGUUUCUAAUUCAUAUGUCGAAUACUUUAAAAUUUGUAAAAGCUUUAUAUUAUAACAUAAAGAUUGUAAGAUUUUGAAUAAUUCAAAUUUUGUUGAAUAUAAAUAGCUACUGUAAUUAUAGAGCUUGUAACUGGAAAUAAAAAGUAUUCGACAAAUGAUUAAAAAUUAUUAUAUGCAUUGUAUGUCAAGUCAAGAUGAAUUUCUGCAAAAUGUUAAUAUUUUCCAAUUACGUAUUUGUGAACGCAGGAUGUAGUGGAAAGCUCAAUCGUCUAGGUAUCUAUUGUCUACUCGAAGUAAGGUUAGCCUAGACUAGUGUUAUAAAAAUUUUCGCGUAAAAAAUAAGGUUACACACUACAUUCUCUAAUUUGUUAAAAACCAGUGUUUUAUGUUGUGACGGAACGAUGUUGUAAAAUGAUGAUAUUAUAUUAUUCUAUGAAUGGGUUUGAGAAUUUAUGAAGGUGUUGCAGCGGUUGUGAGAUGAUUUAUAAUGAUGUUCACUAUAUCUGACUUAAGUUUAAGUUAUAUAUUUUUUGUAUAGAGAUAGCUUUAAGAUGAAUGGUAAUUAAACUAAUUAUCAUCAAAAACUUUUGUUUUAUUUUAUUCUUGGGUAAAAUUGAAAGCAAUUUUUAUCAACAUUCAUUUAUUACACAAGUUUCAAUUACAAUGUGCAUUUACUACAGCUGCAUAAUAUUUAUGAUAUUAAAUAUAAAGUAAGGCACAGCCAAGCGAGAAAGUUAUCAAUACAUAAACACUGGCCCCCUUAUUAAUAAACGCGGAAUAAGCUUUGACUAGUUACAACGUGUUUUGUUCCUAUCACUCAAAUGCCAUUGUCAUUCAAUGAACAGAGACAAAACAUAUAGUAACAAAUCCAAGCUUAAGCUUAUUCUUCGUUCAUUAAUAAGGGGGUAACAUAAUUAUUUUUGCUUUAAUCAUAUUAAAAAUACAGUUUAAAAUGGACUUACUCGUAUAACUAUGAAUAUAUUCUUAAAAUACCGAUCAUCUUAGCUUAUUUAUUAAAGUGAGACGUUUCCAGUGAUUCAAAGGUCUCCAAUUUUACACCAA